CAGACCACCAGCAGACUUACUAAUCGACACAACUGAUCGCUCUUAUCUCCCGUCUGGCCACGUCUUUGCCUUAUUUUUUGAUUUAUGACCAUUUUAUACAUCUCUACCUACUUUUUCCUUUUAUCUAUCUGCACUCUGGUGCUUCACUUCCAAAACUAACCCUUCCUCUAAUCUUAAAUCUGAAUCCAAUUGUCUAAUUUGAGUUCGUCCGACUGCCCUCCGUCCUUCCACGUGGUUGAAAAUUAUGGUGGUAAACUGCACCGUGCUGCCGCCGUCAUGUCUGCUGACAUGUCCGCUCCGUCGCUGAGGAAGAAGAAGUCGUUCGCACGAAGCUCCAAGCCAAGCGCCAGGAUGUGUAUUCGGGAUCAACGGGAUGUCAUAACCAUGUCGUCUCCAGAGAUGUGCUGGCCGGUGCCGAUGCGAGCCAUCGGGGCCCAGAACCUCCUCACCAUGCCGGGAGGAGUUUCCACCGCAGGAUACCUGCACAAGAAGGGAGGCAGCCAGUUCAGCCUCAUGAAAUGGCCUCUGAGGUACAUCAUCAUCCACAAAGGCUGUGUUUACUACUUUAAGAGCAGUACCUCUCCAGCACCACAGGGGGCGUUCUCUCUCAACGGCUACAACAGAGUGAUGAGAGCAGCAGAGGAAACGACGUCCAGCAACGUUUUUCCUUUUAAAAUCGUCCACUUCAGUAAGAAACACAGAACGUGGUUCUUCUCAGCCGCCAGCGAGGACGAAAGGAGGAAAUGGAUGCGAUACCUGCGAAGAGAGAUCGAUCACUAUAACGACAGAAAAGAUUCACAGAUCCCAAGUGACUCGGAUUCAGAUGCAGACAGUUUCUAUGGCACCAUUGAGAGGCCCAUGGACCUUAAACAUCCUGUGGACACCGCUGACGAUGAUUAUGUUGAGGAGGAUGAGGAUGAAGACGAGGAAGACUAUCUGAAGCCGGACAGUGACUGUUCGCCAACAUCUACAGGUCGACCUACAGGACCGCCUCCUUCCUACCCUCCUCCCCCAGUGCCGACAUCGUUUCAAUCCCACCAAGACUCCAGUCCAGGACUUGUCCACAGAGGUCUUCCUCCUCCCAUCCCACAACACAGAAACCCCACCAGCCCACUUCCGAAGAAACCUCCGCCUUCUAUGCCACCUCCUUCCAUACCAAAAGACUUCAGCAAAGGCCUCCCACCUCCUCUGCCCUUUGCCCCCCAUCUACAAAACCCCUCUUCUACCAGUCCUCCUCUACCUCCUCUUCCCCACCAGAGGAAGCCUCUACAGGCCAGGGCGACCUCCGUGGGGGGGAUUGGAAGUGACAAGAGGGCUCUGCCACCGGUGUCGAUUCAGUCACCGGCCACUCUGCCCAUCUGUGACCACUUGGAGAAAAGGAUGGCGCUAAAUGGUCCAGUUCACAUCUCCCUUAAUGCUGGAGGAAGCCAGUCGUUGGCAAACAACCACCUCCACAGCAAACCAAGUCUACCGAAUCCGCGAUCCACCAGCCCGGUAGGGUCCACGCUGUCCCUCAACCACACACCGUCCAGUCAUCUCUCACCAUCUGGCCACCCUCCACUCUCUCCACUGCUUAAAUCUGGAAUACACAAUAAACUGAUGAUACUCAAACCACCUCCACCGACGGCCAAACCACCGAUGCCUGGAGCCAAGCCCAAGCCGUCAGGAACACCUCUUCAAAGAGCAUCUCCAGAUGGACAGAGUUUCCGCUCACUGGGAGAUGAGACGGAGUUCAGGAGGAAAAAAGACGCGAUCAAACCCGGCGGAGGAGACAAUUCUGACGAAGACUACGAGAACGUGCAGCUUCCAGACUCGGUGUUCAUCGACUCAACUGAAACCAGUGUCGUAGAAAAGUUAUUCAGAGAAAGCUCCGUUUCUCCUCAGGACGGACUGUACGGCAUCAGGAAGUCUGGAACCAAAACGGCAAAGGUGCUGGUGGUUUGGGACAUCAGUAUCGCCAAAGCCAGGAACUACAGACUGUUUGAAGAGGACGGCUGCACAUAUCUAGAGAGCGACUUGACCUUCCCCAACCUGCCGGCUCUGAUUGAACACUACUACAGCCAUCCUCUUCCUCACCACGGCUCGCUGUGUCUGCAGAAGCCCUACGGAACCUGAGGCCGACAUGAAGCUGAAACCAGAGCAGGAAAACCAGCGUCUCUGCAGCUGGAAUCCGUCUCUCCAUGGACGUAUACAAACUCACACCGGUUACCAAGCUGUAACAGGACACCUCUCACUGUUCAGUGGAAAGAAAACAGCAUUUAAAAAAAAUUUCUGCAACAUAUUUAAGAUGAGCUAGACUCCUAUCUUCAUAUAGUAACUGUUAUCUUUGUGCUGAAAACACGCUUUUUAAAUGAUUAAUAAGACUGUAGUUGUGACAGAAACCUUUCUAAAACCUCUCCACCAUCUCUGUUAACCAACACUUCUGCUGUUUUAUGCAAACUGUGAACAUGUGGUCUAUUCUGUCCACAGAGGGGCGCUGUGACACCAAAAUGCCUGCUUUUACUUAAAAAAAAAAUCAAUAUUUCCACUCUGGUAGGACCAGCUAUGCAAACUUUUAGUUACAUUUUGAUGGAUUUCAAGUUAUUCUGGACAAAUAUGGGCGAUUUUGGACCAAUUUUAUGUCACUCUGGACGGGUUUUAACUUGUUUUAUACAGAUUUAAAAUACCUUUGAACACAUUAUGACCUUUUUGGGCAAAUUUGAACCAAUUUUAUGUUACUUUGUACAGUUUUUAACUCAUUUUGGACAGAUUUAGAAUAAUUUAUUACACAUUUUGAGUGAUUUUGGGCAAAUUUUGGACCAAUUUUUGGUCACUCUGGACAGUUUGUAACUUGUUCUGUACAGAUUUUGAAUAAUUUCUGACAUAUUUUGAGUUAUUUUGGGCAAAUUUAUGCAAUUUUGGACCAAUUUUGUGUCACUUAACAGUUUUUAGGUCUUUUGUACAGAUUUGGAACAAAAUUUUGACACGUUAUUUUGGGGAAUAUCGGGGAUUUUAAUCCAACUUCAUGUCAUGUUUGACAGUUUUCUAACUCGUUUUGUACAGAUUUUGAAUAAUUUCUGACACAUUUUGAGUUAUUUUGGGUAAAUUUGGGCAGUUUUUGACCAAUUCUUUGUCACUUUGAACAGUUUUUACCUCAUUUUGGACAGAUUUUUGAAUAAUUUCGGACACGUUUCGAGCUAUUUCUGGCAAAUUUGGGUCAUUUUGGACAAAUCUUAGCCAUGUUUGACAAAUCUAGAGUUAUUUUUGGACAAAUAUUGAGUCAUUCUGGAAAAGUUUUAAGUUUCUAUGAUAAAUUUGUAUUAAUUUAUUUGUAACACAUCAUCGUACUAUAUGUACAACAGACAUAUAAUUUUUGAAUUCUAUUUGUAAUAAGAUAUAUUUAAUGCUCUGCAUUAUAAAUAUCAGUUUCAUCAAGAUGUAUGGAUUUUAUUAAAUAGAUAAAAGGGUUGUGCCAAAACUCUGAGGACAGAAAUAAUGAUCAUGGUGUCAUAAAUUUAACUUUUUAUGUCUUUAAAUUAUCUUUGGUCCUAAAACCAAAAUGUAACAGGAUUUAAUACAGCAGAAGUUACUUCAUAAGUACUUUGUUUCAGUUUUUCUUUCUUUUCUCACCACAUUACAAAAAAUAAUUCCAAUAUUUUUGUAAAAACUUUCACCUUUUUUCUGCUUUAUUAUCAGACAGCGUGUGUUUCGUUCAUGUCCAAAAACUAUAAUCAUGACUGAUGCUUGCAAACUACACUAGAAAAAAUUCUCUUUGUCAAGUUUUUAAAGUCAAAACUGUUGUAUUUUUUUCUAAUUUAAUGACAAUGAAAUUAGACAAACCUGCACUCUACGGAGCUGUGAGUCUCUGAAAGGUGGAAAACAUCUCAUUUAUUUACAGAGAAGCUAAACAAACUGUAACUGAUGCCACACAUGAACUGAAAAACAAUCAUUUACUUCUACAGAUCCAGUUUGUGCAGCUCUGAAUUUAAAAUGCUGUAAAAUGCUCUUCUAUAUUUAUAUGUAAAUGUUGUAUUUACUGUAAAAAAAAACAUGUUUAUACAAAUGUAAAUAUAUUAUUUUCUACAGAUUUAUACGUUGAAAAUACAUAAAAGAUUACUUCAA